AUGGCGAAAACAAAAAGUAAUGAACUCAAAUUCUCGAUCCAGAAUUUAAUCGAUACUACAACAACAACAGCAUGUGACAAGAUUGAACAGAAAUCAUCAAUCAAUACUCAAUGUCUACAAACAGGCCUACCUCUAAAACGGUUCGCAGUCGAACCGCAGAGACCAUUAGCACGUCGACCAGUUAUUCCUACUUUGAACCAGAAAAUUCCACAUCCGUAUUGGACAUUUCUUUCUCAAACAUCGAACAAAUAUCCAACGGGAAGUAUUCCGUUAAAUUCUCCAAUGAUUCUACUCAACAAAAUCAACCAAGUCUGGGAGCAAAUUCAUCGAAAUCAAAUAUCUUCACUAUCGACAGUUACAACAACGGUAGCGCCACCAACGGUAACAAUAGAAAAUGAUCAGACAUCUGACGAUGAUAUUGAUAUGGAAGCUUCAUCAGCACAGCACGAGAUUGAGAUUGAAGAUGACGACGACGACGACAAUGAAGAUGAUGACGAUGAAGCAGAGGAAGGGGAAUGUUCUAGUAGUGGCGGUCUUGGUAAGAAAUUAAAAUCCUUACCAAACAGUGAUGAAAAUGAUAAAUUAAAAACUUAUCCUUGUACACAAUGUGGAAAAAUCUUCACUGCUCAGUACAAUUUAGUGCGACACAUGCCGGUUCAUACUGGUAUUCGGCCAUUUGUCUGUAAAAUAUGCGGAAAAGGCUUCCGGCAGGCGUCCACCCUUUGCCGUCACAAGAUUAUUCAUACAUCGGAAAAGCCACACGGCUGUCGCAUAUGUGGAAAAGCCUUCAAUCGUUCGUCAACAUUGAACACACAUAUGCGAAUUCAUCAAAACUUUAAACCAUGGAUAUGUGAAUAUUGCGGAAAAGGUUUCCACCAAAAAGGCAAUUGGAAAAACCAUAAAUUAACUCAUUCGUCUAUAAAACAAUACAAGUGUACCAUAUGUUCGAAGGCAUUCCAUCAAAUCUACAAUUUGAAAUUUCAUAUGUACACCCAUUCGAAAACGAAACCGUAUGCGUGUAUGAUCUGUUCGAAAGGUUUUUGUCGAAAUUUUGAUUUAAAAAAACACAUGCGGAAUGUACAUUGUCGUGCGUCGAAUAAUAAUCAUCCAGCUGUUCGAAUCGAAACUAAUACAGUUCAAGUACUUUAUCCUGACGUUGCAAAACGUCUACCGUCCGUGCCUGUUUGUCACAAACAAGCCAUUCCAAACGAAAAUAUUGACAGAAUAAUUGCUGCCAACCUUGAAGAACAAAGCUUGAUUUAA